GUCAACAACAACUUCAUGCUCGUCCAGAUAAGCCUGGGUGACAGGUCAGCACCGUAUGCAACUUCAUAACGUAUAGAUUCACUUCAAACGCUAGGUGAACCCACCGAGCUACCGCCCAUAACCACCUCGAUCGAUCGCGAGGAGGACCUUCACAAGACACGCCAAGCUAGGUCGACGCAUUAUUGUAGGACGGCAAGGACCCCCUAUCUGAGGAAGCGAUCAUCUCGAACACGAUAUCCGAUCAGGUUUGAUAUCGGCUGCUUUCGGGACAUCCCACUUGUGCUUGGUCCUCUAGAUAUCGACAAUCGGCGAUCUCCAUAUACACCUGAAGCAAACAAAGCAAAGCCUGACCCAGAGCUCAAGGUUCAACACCUCCACAAAUGGCCGAACACGCCUAUUUUGACCUAGGUCGACCGCUCGGUCCGUCAAGCCCCGUGGUAGUCGAUCAUAACACCGAGUACGAUGAUAUGAACAUGAUCGGAAAGACACCACCCAGGAGCCCAGCGGAUCGGUUGAAGCAUCUGAAAAAGCACUUUGGUGAAGACGUACCUACAUCCCCGAGCUCUGACUGGCCUCGGGUCCUGGUCGGUCCGGCAGACAACAUCGCGCCCUCGACAUCCAACUCACAUUCACAGCAGUUUCAUCAACACGGCUCAUCCUCAUCGCCUUUGCUCACUUCGAACCAGGGAGAAUACAACGUAGCCGGGUUCCUGGACGGGUGGGACAACCAGACCCCACCAUGGGUAGGAGGGGACGGGUCAGUGUCAGGUCGACCGGGGAUGGAGAGUCGGGCAGGCAGUUCGGGGACGGUGGGCGGGAGGAAUGAAGGCGCGAUCGCUCCUUGGUUGACGGACGACGUCGAGAUGUCCCGCAACGGUGGUAGCAUGAGCAACAUCAGUAACAACAAUGUCGGCUCUGCUGCCAUGUCCACGCGUGCGCCCGCUCGACAUCCGUCUUAUCCUACCCUCGGUGGGGGAUCUUCCAGUGGAAUAGGGGGAGGAGGCCCGUCGAUGACAUCGGCGUCUCGGAACGUCAGGCAGAAGUCACUCAACGUGCCCUUGAGUCAUUUACACAUGCCGGGGAGCACGUUGACGACCAUUGCGGCCUCCCCACCCGGGCCCAGCGGAUUGAGUAGCGGGGCGUACUUGCCACAACAUGACAGAGGAGGGGGCACGGGAUCAGGAAGCACCGGAAAUGGGAGCAAGAGACCUUCAGAGAUGAGACGCGAGGGUUCCUAUUCCAGUCAAAACUCUACUGGGGGGACGGGUUCGAACAAGCUGUAUCGUCCGUCUACCGCGAAUAUGCAGCGGGGCAGUAGCUCUAGCCGGGAUCGACAGGGAAGCGACGAUUCUUCCACCUUGGACGGGUAUGGUGUGGACGGGUAUGGUUUGGACUCGACCGGCUCGAUGGUGGGCUCUUCGACGAUGACGAGUAGCGUUUCGCGGUUACCCCCUGUCAGUCCAUCCGGGACGUCUUCGGCGAACGGUGUCUACCGGGACAUCCGAUCGGGUAGUCAAAUUAGCUUGGGAUCCACAGCUGGGCAGUAUCACCAUCAACAAUACUUGCAUCAUCAACGCGAGACGUCGGGAAAUCAGCCGGGGGACAAGAAGAAGGGACUGUCGGCUCUGACCGGUCUGCUCAAGCGGAAAGGUGCUACGGGAGGUCGCCCUUCUACAGGAGGUUCGGAUGGCAGUGGUCCCAGAGGGGAACAACAGGCUAGCCCUGGGUCAAUGGAUCCGACUUCCCCUUCGAGAUCGGUGAGAUCGGGUCGACCAGGCAGUGCAAAUGACGCUGUGGCUCCUCCUUUCGGCGCGUCGUCAGGCUCAAUGUCGGAAAGAGCCAGAAGAAAGACGGGCCACAAUCCUAGCGUUGUCAGCUUGGCGCCUUCUACCUCGACACAAGCGCCUAGCGAGGAGGUCGAGAAGGGCAGACACUCGCUAGGAAGGGGAUUCUUAUCAAAGGCCAGAAAACCGAGCAAGAAGCCGUCUAUGCAGACGCAGGCUCCGCUCGAAGUCUCGGUCGAUGAGCAUCCAAAGGGGACCAUGUUUGUGCUUGACACCGACUUGGACGAUAUGCGCGGGAUCGUUCGACCGCAUCAGUCGUCUUUGACGCCUUCGGGCUCGGAUUCGCAGAGCGGGAGCGCCUCUACUGGUCCGGGCGUGGCAGAUCUCAGACGAGACACCAUCAACUCGACCGCUUCAUCUGGCUCCUAUGUUUACCUAGAUGGGAGACCUUUGCCAACUCCUUCGAGCGAAAAGAUGAUUCACUUUCGCAAGGAGAACCCUUUCUCGGGCUCGGGAGAUUCGGGUUCGAGUUCGCAGUAUGGUGUGACCUCGACGCCUUCGAGUCCGUUCACUUCUUUCGCCAAGCAGAGUUUGGCCUCUUCCGCCAAAGGCAACACGAGACGGCCCAGUCAGCUGAGGAACGUCAAAUCCGGCUCGGUGGCCAGUGAAGGGCUCGAACAGACCCAGUUGCAGCCGUUGGAUCUAGAAGAAUCUCGGGAGGGUACACCUACCGUGUUCAACGAGGAUCCGUUUGGCGCCUUUUGCCCCACAUCGGCACGGACUAGCUUUUCAGACAGAAAGGGCCACGGUAUGCACAUGGACUUUGCAGGUUUACCAAAGUCUGAUCUGCUCCGGGUCGACCCGAGGGAUGAUGGCAUGUUGUCACCCGGAACGGAGAUGCGAGACUUCAACCUCACUCCCCUUACCGAAAAUCAGCAGAUACAGGCGGCUUGGACCGCCCCCGAGUCUUGGGGCGUCGAAGGGGACCAAUUACCGGUACCGGAAGACGAUCCGUCAUCAGAUGAAGUGGAAGUGGUGGACGCGCCGGACUCGCCCGAGCCACCGCAACCUGCCGUCCUCGAUCGGAAUACGGGAGCUCCGCAUGCAUUCGGAACGAAGCCUGCAGACAGGCGAACGAAGACCAAACCUGGGAGUAGCGCAAAGCGGCCCACAACUGGAGGAAGCAAGGUUGUUGCGCGGCCGACUACGUCGGGAAGUGCUCACGCGGCCGUCAAUCAUUUCAUCCGCAUCUACAACUUGGAUACUACUUUCACCACCUUGACAUUUCCCCUCACUGCGACCGUUCAAGACAUCUUGGUGGCCCUGGAGAAGCGGGUAAAGGAGGGCAAGCUGUCUUCGCAGGCUGCGCCAGGCAACAUGAAGCUUUAUAUCCGCGAGCGAGGUCAAGAUCGACUUUUGAUGCCCCACGAGAAACCCCUGGCGAUUCAAUUACGGCGACUGCUGCAAGCGGGCUACAACGACGCCGAUCGAGUCGACGAAAUGGGAAGGGAGAAUCUGGCCAUGCUCUGUCGGUUCAUUUAUCAGCCGCCGAUCCUGCCGAUCAUCGAUCCAGAGGAUGAAGGGAGUUAUGAAUCAUUCGAACUGGUCGACCUAGGAGGCCGGGAUCUUCAAGCUGUUCCCAUAUUCCUUUACAAACAUGCUCACUCGAUCAUCUCGCUCAAUCUGUCGCGAAAUCCCAUGACCGACCUUCCGCUCGAUUUCAUACAGGCCUGCUCUACUUUGAGGGAGCUAAGGAUGACUCAUAUGGCAUUGAAACGGGUGCCACCCAGCAUCAGGCAGAGCUGCGCCAUCACGCGUCUAGACUUGUCAUGCAAUCGCUUGGUCGACCUCGAACACGCUGGACUGCACGAGAUUUCGACCUUAGUAUCCCUCAAGGUCCAGAACAAUCGCCUGACCACGCUACCGGCAAGCUUCCGCGAGUUGAAGGGGCUCAAAUACCUCAACAUUUCGAACAACAAGUUUGUCAAGCUUCCGACAGUUAUUUGCGAAAUUCACAACCUAGUCGACCUGGACGUUUCUUUCAACGAGAUUGACUCUCUACCGGCUGAACUGGGUCAACUUUCUCAUCUCGAGCGUCUUGUUGCGGUAGGGAAUUCGUUGGUCACUUUCCCGGAUUCCUUCUCAACACUCGCCAGCCUUCGUGAGCUGGACGUCAGACGAAAUUCUCUCACCAACCUGAACGCGGUCUACGCCCUGCCCAAUCUCGCUAUUCUCCAAGCCGACAACAACAAUCUGGUCGUACUAGAUGCCCAACUUGGACCGAAAGUACGGGAGUUCGGAGUGCCGCACAACUCGAUUACUCGCUUCACCCUGGCGCCUCUUUCCGCAACAGCGACGGCAUACAGCUUGUCCGUACUGGAUCUAUCCUACGCAAAGCUUUCCACCCUGGCGGAAGAUGCGCUCGCUCAGCUAGUCAACCUGCAUACCUUGAACUUGAAUUACAACAAAUUCGUGCGUCUGCCAGAGACGUUGGAGAAUCUGAGCAAUCUUCGUCAUCUGUCGUGCACCGACAACGUUCUCACUGUCCUGCCCAGCGGGUUGGGCCGGCUCCAAAACCUCCAAGUCUUGAACGUUCACAAUAACAAUCUCAAGGAAUUGCCUUCGGGCAUAUGGCAAUGCAAGAACUUGAGGGAACUAAACGCGAGUUCGAAUUUGCUCGAAUCCUUUCCAGAGACGCCUUUUAGCAUGCUCGAUGCGCUGGCAUUGCCGCCGGAAGGAGGCGAUCGCAACGGCGCGGCUUCACCUGGCAAAGCUGGAAGCGAACGUCUACCUCUAAGCAAAAGUCUGAGGAAGCUGUUCUUGUGUGACAAUCAGCUUGACGAGGAGAUCUUUGGUUCCGUCUCCAUGCUCGAAGAACUCCGCGUGCUCAAUCUCAGUUUCAACGACAUCUAUGAGGUACCUACCUGGACGAUCAGCAAGAACCAGAAGCUGGAGGAACUGUACCUGAGCGGGAACAACCUGACUUCCCUACCUUCUGAAGACCUGGAAAGGUUGAUCAGUCUGCGGGUCAUACAUGUGAACGGCAACAAGCUCCAGACACUACCUGCCGAGUUGGGCAAGAUUCGGAGACUGGUCACUUUAGAUGUUGGCAGCAACGUGCUGAAAUACAACAUCGCGAACUGGCCAUACGAUUGGAAUUGGAACUGGAACCUGGAGCUACGCUACCUCAACUUGUCUGGAAACAAGCGGCUCGAGAUCAAGCCUAGUGCUCAGCAUGAAAUGGCUUACAGUGGUGGUCUCCGCCGCGAUCUCUCCGACUUUUCGAAACUGGGUCACUUGCGAGUGCUCGGGCUCAUGGACGUCACCCUGCGCAUUCCUUCGCUACCGGAUGAAAACGAGCACAGGCGUGUGCGUACGUCUUUCUCAGACAUGAAUGGAAUGGGCUACGGGAUUUCAGACACCAUCGGACAGCUGGACGAGCUGUCACUCUUGGAUCUAGUGGUACCCGACUUUCGAUCUCGAGAGGACGAAUGCCUGUUCGGUAUGUUCGGCCUUGCUGUGCCUAGUGUAUCCGGGGGCCGCGUUCCGAAGUUCGUGCAAGAGUGGAUGGCCAGUAACUUCCACGCGCAGAUCGACAAGUUGAAAGAGGGAGACACAGUCGAAGACGCGCUCCGCAGAACGUUCCUGCUCGUCAACAAGAACUGCUUCGACUCGCUCGUAGCGGAGGAGAGUGGAAGGAAAGGGUCCGGGGGCAGUACUGCUUCUCACGCGGCCAAUGCUACUGCUGGCAACACAUAUACUCCUCUGUCGCCACAAUAUCGCAGCGGUGCUGCAGGAGCAGUCGUUUACGUGGUCGGCCGAACGCUGCACGUCGCCAAUGCCGGAGGCAUCCUGGCGGUAAUUUCCUGUAAAGGCGAGGCCGAGCUGCUAUCCGCUCAACACGAUCCCUUCGACAAGGAAGAGACACAUCGCAUCCGAGCGGCAGAAGCUUGGGUUUCGCCUCGAGGCCUGGUCAACGACGAGAUUCCGCUAUCACGAGGGUUUGGCUUUUUCAAUGCCGUGCCUGCCGUCAACUCGCUUCCUCACGUCAGUAAGAGGGUACUUACUGAAUCGGACGAGUUUGUGAUCCUGGCGAACCGCGCGCUAUGGGACUGCUGCUCUUAUCAAACAGCGGUAGACAUUGCCAGGACCGUCAAGGACGACCCAAUGAUGGCUGCGCAGAAGUUGCGAGACUUUGCCAUUAGUUACGGCUCAGAAGGCUCGAUCAUGAUCAUGGUCUUGUCGGUCGCCGAUCUCUUCCGGCAGCGGCCGAUGCGGUCUAGGGCUACACUUCUCGACAAGGAGACCGUCGUGGAUGGUGACGGUCAUCAUGCUGUCACUAAGCGGGUAGCCAGGCGCAGGAUCGAAGACAUCGGCGACCGAACCCUUUUGCGAUUGCAGCAAGAAGUCGAGCCUCCUAUCGGUCAAGUUGCAAUGGUCUUUACCGAUAUCAAGAAUUCAACGUCACUCUGGGAAACCAACCCAGGCAUGCAGACUGCUAUGCGGAUGCACAACAGUCUACUCAGGCGACAGUUACGGAUCAUUGGGGGAUACGAGGUCAAGACCGAAGGAGAUGCAUUCAUGGUCUCCUUCCCUUCGGUAACAUCGGCCAUCUUGUGGUGCUUUACUUGCCAACUGCAACUCCUAAACGAAGAUUGGCCGAGGGAGAUUCUGGAAAGCGAGGACGGGCGCGAAGUAUGGGACAGUCACGGCGAGCUGAUCGCAAGGGGUCUGUCGGUGCGGAUGGGUAUACAUUGGGGUAACCCCGUAUGGGAGAAGGAUCCCAUCACGCGCAGAAUGGAUUAUUUCGGACCUAUGGUCAACAAGUCGGCCAGGGUAUCUGCCAGCGCCGAUGGCGGACAAAUCAUGGUCAGCUCGGAUGUACACAAGGAAGUUCAGACAUUCAAGAUGUAUUUGGACGAAGAGGACGACGUUCAGUCUGCAGAGCUGCAGGACGACCUUCGCAGAGAAACGACGCAGCUCCGAAAGAUUGGUCUCGGCGUGCUAGAGAUGGGGAAGAAGAAGCUCAAGGGGUUAGAAGUUCCUGAGAAGCUUUUCCUCAUCUACCCGAGGUCUUUGUCGGGACGCCUUGAGUUGUCCGCUCAGAUUCGUAAAGACGUCGAGACUCAAGCACCCAAAGUCUAUGGAGGAGAAGACCGUAUCAUCGACAUUGACGAGCUGAGGCAGCUGGUUCAAGUAUGCUUGCGACUGGAAGCUGUGGCUGCAAAUGCUCAUCAGACGCCUGCAGUGAAGCCGACCUCGCCGGGGACACUGACGGGCUCGCCAGGUGGUAAAGCCCUGAGUCGGACCGGCUCAGUGAAGAGGUCAAAUACGGCACCGCUGCCAGUCAUGGGCUUAGCUGCGUUCUUGGGCCCGAGAAUAUCAGAGGAAAUGUCGGACGAUGAACUGGUGGCGGCGUUUAUGAGCAUUGCGGGCAGGAUCGAGAACUCCAUCUCAACCUUGACGCUCCUUCGCUUGACGUCGCUGGUCCCCGAACUGGCCUCGCUGAAUCUUGGGUUCAACUUCUUGUCUGCUGGCAUCGCCUGACAAGAGACUGGCGGAGAUAGGGUCGGACACCCAAACACCUUGUUCGCGCUCAGCAGAAAAAGUCAUACCCCGGCGACAUUAGGUCGUAUCGAAAUCAAAAGUAUUGU